CUGCCCCCGGCACCCGGACAGGCCAUGCGCCCGGGCUAGAGCUUAGCCGCCGGCAUGCCGCUCCCGCUGCUGCUUGCCGCGCUCUGCCUCGCCGCCUCCCAGGCGCCCGCACGAGCCUGCCAGCUGCCUUCAGAGUGGAGACCCCUGAGCGAAGGCUGCCGCGCCGAGCUGGCCGAGACCAUCGUGUAUGCCAAGGUGCUGGCGCUGCACCCCGAGGUGCCCGGCCUCUACAACUACCUGCCGUGGCAGUACCAAGCUGGAGAGGGAGGGCUCUUCUACUCCGCGGAGGUGGAGAUGCUGUGUGAUCAGGCGUGGGGCAGUAUGCUGGAGGUGCCGGCCGGCUCCAGGCUCAACCUUACCGGUCUGGGCUACUUCUCCUGCCACUCCCACACGGUGGUCCAGGACUACUCCUAUUUCUUCUUUGUAAGGAUGGAUGAAAAUUACAAUCUCUUGCCGCAUGGAGUCAAUUUCCAAGAUGCCAUCUUUCCAGACACACAGGAGAACAGAAGGAUGUUUUCCAGCCUUUUCCAGUUUGCUAACUGUUCCCAAGGGCAGCAGCUGACGACUUUCUCUAGUGACUGGGAGAUCCAGGAAGACAACAGGGCUUCACAGUUCAAGCACGAAGACUGUGUGGCUAUGUUAUUAGAACACGGUGCUGACCCAAAUGCUAUGGACAAUACUGGGAGCACCGCACUGCACUAUGCUGUUUGGCAUAACAGCACCUCAAUGACAGCCAAACUGCUGGCACACAAUGCCGACUUCAGUAUAAAAAAUGAGGAUAGCUUUACACCACUUACACUGGCUCGAAUGAAAAAUGACAACCUGGCAAAACUUUUAGAAGACCAGAAAGAAAAGAUAAAGGAACUUGAUGAAUUAGAAAGGUCUUCAAAGAAAACUUCCAAUGAAAAAGAAGAGGUCAAAGAACAAGGAAAUCAUAUGCUUGACCUUAAGGAACUAAUAUCAUGUGAGGGAAACUCAAAGGACUGUGAGCAGUACAGUUGUGACACUAUUUUGCAUUUUAUUGAAGAGCUCAUGAGGCAGAGAAAAGAUAUAAAUUCUGAGAUCCUAGUGAAAAUCUGGGGUGCAGUUUAUACAUAUAAAAGAUCAAUAGACUUUGAAAAACAUAACUGUGAACUAAUUGAAGAAGAUUGUGAACGUAUAAGUAAUGAAAUUAUUGCACUGCGAGAGGAGUGGUCUCAACUAGAGAUUGAAAAUGCUGAACUGCAAGAUGAGCUAUGCAGUUUGAGGGCCACCCUUGAAAGUUUAGAAUUAAAUGAUGCAGCAAGCCUCCAAGCAGAGGAGAAUGAAGAGCUUUCAAGAACCCCGGCUCAAGAAGAACAGUUUAAGUUGUACCUGUCACUGACACAGAGUUUGCAUGAAAUGAGAAGGAGAAAUAGGGAACUAGAAGAAGAAAUAGACAGGUAUAUGGACCUGUGCACAAUGAUGGAGGAGGACUCAGAUGGACAUCAAAAUGGAGAGUUUUCAGGUUAUAAUGCUUCAAGUACAAGUCACUGCGAAGAGGAUACGGUACUGAAACUAAGAGAGAAGCUUGAAAGUAUGGAAACAAAACUACAACAAGAAUUAAUCCGCUGCCAAUGCAAGGAAGAUGAAAAUAAUCUUUUGGAGCAGAAAAUAGCAGAAAGGAAAGCAGCCCGGGAGAACCGUGAAGCGGAAGAGGGUAGAAUAAAGCAGCUUGAAGAGAAAAUACUCAGCCUCAAAGCCGAUAUGGACAAGAACAUGGUAGAGCGAAGUGAGGUAGAAAAUCAUAAGAAAGCCAUUGAAGAGCAAGCUAGGAGUCAAGUCAUGGAAAAAAUAAACCAAGAGAACCAAGUCUUACGGGAACUAGCUGCCUCUGAGCAACAGAAAGAUCAGGAAAGACAGGAUUACAUCAUGUCACUGGAUCAUAGAUAUAAGGAAAUUGAACUUGAGAUUGUGGAAACAAAAUCUCGUGCAAUUUCUGUGAAAGCACAACGGAGAACAUUUGAAGAAAAAUAUAGAGCAGAAUUGCAACUUGGAGAACGAUUGAAAUAUGAACUUGAAAAUAUUUACCGCAGUAUUGUGGAGUUACAGAACACCAAGUCCAGGCUUGCCUCUGAGAGAAGGAUGAACAGGCUGUCGCACAUCCACACUCACCACAGAUCUGUCUCAGAGGGAACCAGUGACAGCAGUCUUCAGAAUAUCUUUGGGUUCAACAGCAUAGGGGCCACGAUUUAAGUCCACAUUCAAGAAGGAGAGCUUGGUGGAAUAGCUUAAUAAGGCAGGGCAAUGGUCUAAGCAUUUCCAAGGCAUAAAGUUGGUCCACUCAAACAACCCUUGAAUGAAUGUGAAAUUGUUAAAUAUGUCACAAUACAGACAAUUCUCAUCAGUCAUUACUGUAAAAUUCAGGUGGUGGUGAGCCAGUCCCUGGUUUCUGGCAACUGAACUCAGGACCUCUGGAAGAAGAGUGAGUGCUCUUAACUGGUGACUCAUUUCUCCAGCACUCUUCUUCAUGUUAAACAAGGAACUUUGUUGACUAAUUCAGAAUGUUGUGUGGAGGGACAGAGAAAUCAAUGGUAUCAAAUUGAAGAUGCAGGAGAAAAGUCAUAGACUUAUGGACACUUGAUUUUUGAUAAAGAAACAAAAAAAAUACAGUGGAACAAAGAAAGAAUCUACAAUAACUAGUGCUGGUCUAACUGAUGCUCUGUAUGUAGGAGACCAAAUAUAUAUCCAUACUUAUCACCUUGAGAAAAGCUCAAGUCCAAGUGGAUGGUGUUCCUCAAUAUCAAACCAGAUACACUGAGUCUAAUAGAAGAGAACUUGUAAAAGAGUUUCAAACUCACUUGCACAGGGGGAAAAUUCCAGAAGAGAACACCAAUGGCUCAGGAUCUAAGAUCAACAAUUGAUAAAUGGGACCUCAUGAAACUGAAAAGAUUCUGUAAGACAAAAGGUGGCAUCAUUAGCACAACUAGGCAACGUAAGGUUGGGAAAAAUUUUUCACUAACUGUACUUCCUACUGGAGGCUAAUAUCUAAAAUAUAUAAAGAACUCAACAAGUUCAUCUACAAAAACCCAAAUAACCUAAUUAAAAAUGUGGUACAGAGAUAAACAGAGAAUUUACAACAGAAGAAUCUUGAAAGGCAAAGAAACACUUAAAAAUAUUCAAAGUCCUUUGUUAUCAGGAGUUGUGAUUUUGAUAUUAAGUGAAACUUGAAGAAUGAUAUUUCCUUGAAUCCUCACAAGAUAUUCUGGAUACUUAUAAGGGAAGAUAAAUUAAUUAGACAGACUAAAGAAAUGUUACAGGAUGGGUGGCAUUCAUAGUCUUGUUUAAUCUUGCAAUUGUCAUAAAUAUGUAUACAUCAAAUAAAUCUUCACUAUAUUAUAACCAUCAGAUUGGAAAGAAAACCCUGUAGGCUCCUUUCGGUUCUACAUUAGAAAGAGGGGACAAAAUAGUAAAUAUGAUGUGUUUCCUAGUGAUUCAUAAUUUUGGGACUUCCAUAAA